AAUCCUUACCAGUUCUAUAACUAUUAACGUUCAAACACAUCUCCCCUGUUCUUAACUUGUUCAAAUGAUUCAAAGACUUAACCAGAAUGAUCGCCGGAUUCUUACAUUUCCGGCAGUUCAUCCCUCCGAGGGCAUUUCACCGGUGACCCUUUUGGAUUCUUUAAUCACUCUUUCCCAAAAUAUAUGCAAUCAUCAAUCUAGCUUCUUUCCUACUCAGAAAAGGAAUGCUCGGCAAGCCAUCCGACAAAUCGGAAUUCUUCUUAUAUUCUUCGAGGAGAUUAAGGAACUCCGAUUGCUCAUGUCGGAGUCUAUUGUGCUUUGCUUCUCGGAAAUCCACCACAUCUUUCAAAAAGUUCAUUUCUUGUUGCAAGAUUGUACGUGUGAAGCUGCCAGGCUGUGGAUUUUAAUGAAGUCUCAAUUUGUUGCAACUCAGUUUCAUGUUCUAACUCGAGCAAUUGCUGCAGCUCUUGAUGUUUUGCCAUUGAAUUCUAUAGAUGUUUCUGAUGAAGUAAAGGAAUUAGUUGAAUUAGUAGCUAGGCAAGCACGCAAAGCGACGUUCGAGCUUGACCCUGAAGAUGAAUGGGCUUCAAAACAAGUCCUUUUGGUAUUGAAUUAUUUUGAGAAGGGAAUUGAGCCUGAAUUGAAUGUUAUGAAACGGGUUCUUGAUUAUUUGGAGAUCAGAAGCUGGAGUGGCUGUGCUAAGGAAAUGAAGCUCUUGGAAGAUGAGAUUAGUUUUCAAUGCUCAGAUUGUGAUGAGAGAGAGGUUCCGUUUCUGAGUAGUUUAUUGGGCUUCAUGAGCUAUUGCAGAGGAGUGAUUUUCGAAACAGUGGAUCAUCGAAUUAAUGACCAAAGUGAUAUAAAAUGCAAUAUGGAGACUCUUAGUUGCUUGAAUCCUGAAGAUUUUCGGUGCCCAAUUUCACUUGAGCUAAUGACUGAUCCAGUAACUGUAUCAACUGGACAGACUUAUGAUCGUUCUUCGAUUGAAAAAUGGCUCAAAGCUGGAAAUAUGACCUGUCCCAAAACCGGAGAGAAACUGAAAAGCUCAGAGUUAGUCCCCAAUGCCACUCUUCGGAAGUUAAUUCAAAAGUUUUGUGCUGAUAAUGGCAUUUCUUUAUCUAAAUCAGGAAGUAUAACUCGAGAUAUAACCAGAACUAUCGUUCCAGGCAGUCUUGCAGCUGCAGAAGCCAUAAAACUCCUUUCAAGGUUUCUUGCAAGAAGGCUGGUUUUCGGGCCGAACGAAAAGAAAAACAAGGCCGCUUAUGAGAUUCGAUUGCUUACCAAGUUGAAUAUAUAUAACAGAGUUUGUUUGAUUGAAGCAGGCACAGUCCUACCUCUCAUAAACCUUUUGUCCUCUUCAGAUAGGUCUUCGCAAGAGAAUGCUAUUGGAGCUCUAUUAAAGCUCUCAAAACAUACUAGUGGGAAGGUAGUCAUAAUUGAGAGUGGUGGACUGAAACCAAUUCUCGCAGUUCUUAAGAGUGGAUUGAGUUUCGAAGCAAAGCAAACAGCAGCUGCAACAAUUUUUUACCUUGCUUCAGUGAAGAGGCACCGAAAAUUGAUUGGAGAAAUGCCCGAAACAGUUCCUGCACUGGUGGAACUGAUCAAGCAUAGGCCAACUUGCGGCAAAAAGAACGCAGUGGCAGCAAUUUUUGCGCUACUUCUAAACCCGGGGAACCACCAGAAGGUGCUUGCAUCUGGUACCGUUCCAUUGCUGGUUGAUACUAUAUGUUCCUCAGAUAAGGAUGAACUUAUAGCAGAUUCACUGGCAGUUCUUGCAGCCCUAGCUGAGAAUGUUGAUGGAGCAUUAGCAAUCCUGAAAACUUCAGCUUUAUCAUUAAUUACUAGAUUGUUGCAGUCGUUUCCAUCUAGAGCUGGGAAAGAGUACUGUGUUUCAGUCUUGCUAUCUCUAAGUAAACAUGGAGGUGCACAAGUGAUUGAGGUAUUAGCAAAGGAUCCUGUUCUUAUGAGCUCACUAUAUUCGCUUCUAACAGAUGGCACAUCUCAAGCUGGCAGUAAGGCUCGCUCUCUAAUGAGAAUCAUGCAUAAAUUCCGGGAAACAAGCUCUUCCGGAUCGGUAGCUGCAGCUCCAUGUGAACGACCAGUUCAUGUGUGGUAAUUUUGUCCUAGAUUUGUUUUUGUAAAUACAUACGCUUGUUACUUUUAAUUGGUAGAUAUAUAAAGUGAAUGGGGAUGGGGAUGCAAUUAGCUCGAUUUUUGUAAGAGCUAAUUGCCAUAUCAUACAGCCGUAAGAUUGAUUCGAUUAGAUACAACUGUACUGUAAUUUGAUUUUUUUUUUUUUUGGAAGUAUAAAUAAAAAUGGAAUGCAAUGCAUAUUGUUCUUGCUCUAUUGUA